GUACUGGACGUGGCGCUGGUUGUUAAAGACGUUGCAGAGGUGGUAGCAGUCGUUGCUGUAGCUGUGGUAAAAACUGUGCUUGUACUGGACGUGGCGCUGGUUGUUAAAGACGUUGUAGAGGCGGUAGCAGUCGUUGCUGUGGCUGUGGAGGAAGUUAUGCCAGUAGUGGACGCGGCGCUGCUUGUUGAAGAAGUUGUGGAGGCGGUAGCAGUCGUUGCUGUAGCUGUGGUAGAAGCUGUGCUUGUACUGGACGUGGCGCUGGUUGUUAAAGACGUUGCAGAGGUGGUAGCAGUCGUUACUGCGGUAGCAGUCGUUGCUGUAGCUGUGGUGGAAGUUGUGCCUGUAGUAGAUGCGGCGCUGGUUGUUGAAGACGUUGUGGAGGAGGUAGCAGUCGUUGCUGUAGCUGUGGUAGAAGCUGUGCUUGUACUGGACGUGGCGCUGGUUGUUGAAGACGUUGUGGAGGCGGUAGCAGUCGUUGCUGUAGCUGUGGAGGAAGUUGUGCCAGUAGUGGACGCGGGGCUGCUUGUUGAAGACGUUGUGGAUGUGGAAGUGGUAGCAGUCGUUGCUGUAGCUGUGGUGGAAGUUGUACCUGUAGUAGAUGCGGCGCUGGUUGUUGAAGACGUUGUGGAGGCGGUAACAGUCGUUGCUGUAACUGUGGUGGAAGUUGUGCCUGUAGUGGACGCGGCGCUGCUUGUUGAAGAAGUUGUGGAAGUAGUAGCAGUCGCUGCUGUAGAUGUGAUGGAAGUUGUGCUGGUCGAUGAAGUUGUGCUUGUGGUGGAUGCAGCACUAGUUGUUGAAGACAUUGUGGCGGUAAUACUUGUGCUUGUGGUGGACGUGACGCUGGAUGCAGUGGUACUUGUCGUUGUAGAUGUAGUAGAUGAGGUGGACGUCGUGCUAGUCGAUGGCAAAGUUGUGCUUGUGGUAGACGUGCUGCUGCUGCUGGCUGAAGACGCAGUAGCGGUGGUAAUAGUCGUUGUAGACGCAGUAGUUGAACUAGACGUGGUGCUGGCUGGUGACGAAGUUGUGCUUGCGGUGGACGUGCUGCUGGCUGUUGAAGACGUUGUUGCAGUAGCACUUGUCGUUGUAGAUGUGCUCGUGGUACUAGUUGAUGACGAAGUUGUGCUUGUGGUGGAUGUACUGCUGGCUGUUGAAGACGUUGUUGCUGUGGUGCUUGACGUUGCAGUAGUAGUAGAUGAGGCAGACGUGGUGCUAGUUGAUGAUGAAGUUGUGCUUGUGGUGGAUGUACUGCUGGCUGUUGAAGACGUUGUUGCUGUGGUACUUGACAUUGCAGUAGUAGUAGAUGAGGCAGACGUGGUGCUAGUUGAUGAUGAAGUUGUGCUUGUGAUGGACGUGCUGCUGGAUGAUGAAGACGUUGUUGCGGUGGUACUUGUCGUUGUAGGCGUGCUAGUGGUGCUAGUUGAUGACGAAGUUGCGCUUGUGGUGGACGUGCUGCUGGUUGUUGAAGACGUUGUUGCGGUGGUACUUGUCGUUGUGGGCGUGCUCGUUGUACUCGUUGAUGACGAAGUUGUGCUUGUGGUGGACGUGCUGCUGGUUGUUGAAGAGGCUGUUGCGGUGGUACUUGUCGUUGUGGGCGUGCUGGUAGUGCUAGUUGAUGACGAAGUUGUGCUUGUGGUGGACGUGCUGCUGGUUGUUGAAGAGGUUGUUGCGGUGGUACUUGUCGUUGUAGAUGUGCUCGUUGUGCUCGUUAAUGACGAAGUUGUGCUUGUGGUGGACGUGCUGCUGGUUGUUGAAGAUGUUGUUGUGGUGCUACUUGUCGUUGUAGACGUGCUCGUGGUGCUAGUCAAUGACGAAGUUGUGCUUGUGGUGGACGUGCUGCUGGUUGUUGAAGACGUUGUUGCGGUGGUACUUGUCGUUGUAGAUGUGCUCGUUGUGCUCGUUGAUGACGAAGUUGUGCUUGUGGUGGACGUGCUGCUGGUUGUUGAAGACGUUGUUGUGGUGCUACUUGUCGUUGUAGACGUGCUCGUGGUGCUAGUUGAUGACGAAGUUGUGCUUGUGGUGGACGUGGUGCUGGUUGUUGAAGUCGUUGUUGCCGUAUCAUUCGUGGUGGUUAAACUUGUUAUUGGUCUUUCAGUAGCAAAAAAUGUUAUGCUCAUGUUUCUUUUAAUGUUUUUGUAA